AUGAAUGGGGGAUGCACGGGAAUUGACGGCACCACAGAAUGCAAGCAUGUGGGCUUUAUGCACUUCCGCAUUGUUGAGGAGAAUGAGAUGGCCUCUCUGUACGUGUAUGAGUUACAAGUGGAGGCUGAAUAUCAAGGGAUGGGAAUUGGCAGCAAGCUAAUGAGGAUUGCUGAACUCAUGGCAAAGAAGUGUGAGCUCGAAGCCAUCUUUCUUACAGUCCAGAAGGAAAAUACAUCUGCCAGAGCAUUCUACAUGGAGAAGCUAGGGUUCCAAACCGCAGAUCACUCACCUGCAAAGGACGAGCAGCGUGAUUACGAAAUAUUGAUAAAAUCAUGCUAA